AUGGCGAAUAUCGACACAUCUACGUCCAAUGACAUGAUGCAGACAACAUCGGGUGAUGAUCACUUUGAGCAACAGAGAGCGGAUGUUGAGACACGCUCAAGAUCGAGCACAAGAAAUUCCGACCCCAGAUAUGAUACCAACUUACUUUUGCGAUUCGAGUCGGACUCGGGAAUCGAUGAACCAGCGGAUUUGCACUCGGACAUGGAUACUCCUCAAAAUUUAUCGCCGUCGGCAAAGCGUUCAUUAGAUGUAUUCCGCAGAGCUAUAAAAUCUCCGCGGCAACAGCUUAACUAA